AUGAAGCCGCCAGCGCGUGUCCACAGGCCGUUCGAGGAGGGCGCCCCGUGCUGCACCGCGCAGCAGCAGCUCCUCGCCCUGGCCCUCUAUCUGGGCGUGUGCGUCCAGCUGGCGCAGCGGGUGUGCAUGCAGCAGGUGCUCCUCGGCAGCGGGGGCGCGGCGGCGGAGUUCGGCUGGAGCAACCAGGAGACUGGUCUCGUGCUGUCCGGCUUCUUCUACGGGUACAGCCUGGGACAGAUCCCGGGGGGCUGGGCGGCGGCGCGCUGGGGCGGCCGCGCGCCGAUGUUCUUGCUGGCCGCGGCGACGGCCUCCAGCGCUCUGGUGCCUCUGCUGGCCGUGCAGGGGGUCGCGGCGGUGGUGGCCCAGCGGGUGGUCUUCGGGCUCCUCCAGAGCCCCAUGUGGCCGUGCACCGUCGGGCUCGUCUCCCGGUGGGCGCGGCCCAGAGAGCGCUCGCGGGCCUUGGCCUGGUGCGGUACCAGCUUCGCGGUGGGCAUGGCGGGGGGGUACCCGCUCACUGGGUGCAUCAUGGAGGCGUGCGGCUGGCGGCGGGUGUUCUUCGUGUACGGGGCGGCUGGCCUGCUGUGGGUCCCCCUGUGGCACAGGUUCGGCUGGUCCACCCCCUCUGGCCACCCCCGCAUCACUGCUGCCGAGCUCAGCUCCAUCCGGCAGGCGCAGGCCGAUGAUGGCACCCCCAUCGGGGCGUCGGCGUUCCCCUCGCGCGUGCCCUGGCGCGCGAUCUUCGCGACGAGGGGUGUGUUGGCAGUGUUCGGCGUCACGGUGACCAACGCGUUCGGGAUGGGCGUAUUCGUCGUGUUCGCGCCCAUGUACAUGCACCAGCAGCUCGGCUUCCACCAGGAGCGUGCAGGGCUCCUACUCUCUCUGCCUGUGCUGGUGUCCAUGGCGGCCUCGCUCGUCGCCGCUCCCAUUGCCGACUCGAUGGUGGCCAGACGCGUUUCCAGGACCCGGGUGCGGAAGGCCUUCGCGCUCGCCUCGUGCUCCGGCACGGCCCUGUGCGCGCUGAUGCUCGCCGCGGAGCCUGGCGUGGCGGUCGCCGUGGCCGCCAUCGUCGGCGCCCAGGCGUCGCACGGCCUGCUGGUCUGCGGCCCCCCCGUGGCGGUCCUGGAGAUGACCCCCGAGUACUCCUCUGUCGUCAUUGGGCUGGACAACUGCCUGUGGGCGCUGUUCACUGGGCUCUCUGGCACCCUAGGGGGGGUCCUGCUCGACUGGGGGGGCUGCCCGAAGGAGGGCGGCGCCAGGCCGGGCCCUUCCCCUACCUCGUGUCUCACGGUGCCGCUGCGGCCGGCGGGGGCGGCCUCGGGGACCAGGGCGCCACCGCGGCUGGCUCGGAGGCUUGCCGCGGCGCGUGGCGGCUGGGCUUCUGCCUGGCGGGCGCGUGCAUCCUCGCCGGCGGCGUGGCCUACGCCCUGCUGGGCAGCGCGGAGAUCUUGCGCCUGGGCGACCGCGACGGCGGUGGCGGCGAGUCGCCACGGGCCAGCGGCCAGGAGGCUCGGCUGGGGCUGCUGCAGUGCCCGGACUCCGAGAGCGACUCGUCCAGCGGCUCGUCCUGCGCCGAGUCGAGUUUUCCGAGCCGCCAGAGGGAGGACUUCGAGAGCGACUCGUCCGGCGGCUGGUCCUGCGCCGAGUCGA